CUGUUCAAUUGGAGAUCCUAUCUCGAGACAACGAAGAUGACUGGGCAAAGUUCACUGUGACAAUUACAGGCUCCUAUCAGAAAGGGACGUCUUCUCGAACCCCGAGGAAAGCAGAGACCUUCCUGUGGGUUCGAAAAGCGGACCUAGCAUGUAAAUGCCCUAAAGUCCGCAAGAGGCAGACCUACCUGAUCGUGGGGAAGUACCAGAGUGAAGAUAAGCUCCGGCCUGGCUUUGUUGUCGAUCGUUCUGCUACCGUUAUACGCUGGAAGGACAAGUGGGAUCGAAGAAUGAGGCGGUUAUUGAAACAAGAAAAUCGUGGCAACUGUGCAUGA